CGAGGUUGUGGAGCUGUUUGUGUUGGCAUUUGUUCAGAGAAGCUACAUCACGUUUACCGAAUUGUCAGAACUCUUAAGCAAAUAAGUGGCGAAUAAAACAAUUUGGAGAAGGACUUGGGAGAAUAUGUAACUGGAAUGAAUUUUAACUCUAUAAUGGCAUCUAAUUCAGCUGUGGAAAUUGAAAAUGAGAGUGAUAACUCUUCUGGUAGCAGCUUAUUUAAAACUCAGUGUGUCCCUUACUCACCUAAACAGGGGCAAAGAAACCCUACUAGAAAGUUUGUUCAUUCACCUGAAGGUGUUCAGGCAAGGGAUUCAUCUAGUGACUCAUCUUUCGAACCAAGACCAUUGACUUUAAAAGCUAUUUUUGAAAGAUUCAAAAAAAAGAAACGUAAAAAGAGGAAAUAUAAACCAACAGGAAGACCAAGAGGAAGACCAAAAGGGAGAAAAAACACUAGACGUUCCCAAAUAAAUAAGAAACAAGUUCAAGAUAAAGGAUCUGGGUUCCCAUUUUUAGAAUCCGAGAAUGCAAGAAAACCAUUACCUUGGAGAAAAAUUUUAACCUUUGAGCAAGCAGUAGCAAGAGGAUUUUUCAACUACCUUGAAAAACUGAAGUAUGAAUACUACCUCAAGGAAUCCUUGAAACAAAUGAAUGUUGGUGAAGAUUUAGAAAAAGAAGAUUUUGACAGUCGUAGAUACAAAUACUUGGAUGAUGAUGGUUCUCUCUCUCCUAUUGAAGAAUCAGGAACAGAGGAUGAGGCUGCAACAAAUCUUGAACAUAAUGAUGAAUGUGAUAUCAAAUUGGUGGACAAUAAUGAUUUCAUAAUAAGUUCUGAAGUACCAAAGAUGAAGAAUGUGUAUUUAGAACAAGAAGAAUAUACUGAAGAAGCCGCUUUGUCUAAAAAGAGAGCGUCAAAGUCCAAAAACACUGGACAGGACAGAAUGGCCUGA